GGCUGGGACGGGGCCGGGAGGAGGUCGGGUCCUGGCCGGGGGCUCGGGGCUCGGCACGGUUGGGAGCAGCCCCAGGGCUGAGGAGCGAGCGGACGGGACGGGACCGGACUCUCCGCUUGGAGCGCUCUGUGCUGCCUGCUGCCGGGGCUGAUGCUCUCCUCAAUGAUUGUCAGAGGUGCGGCUUGCUGUCAAAAGCAGCCCGUACGUUAGCAGCAGGAGUUACAGACACAAAAGACGUGAGGUAAAAAUGGCUGCAGAAGAGAAGUGGAAAUCUUUGGCUUCAAAGCAGCACAGUGGGGCUGGAGAGGCAGGUGGAAAGGAGCCUGGUGUGCUUCUGAGCCAGCAGCUGGCUGAGCCGGGAAGAUUUGCUUAUGCCGCGCUUUGUGGGAUAUCCCUUGCAUGGCUCUUCCCUGAAGAAGAGCAAAGCUCCUUCCGGAUGGGAUUCAUUGAGGGCUUUGUGAAGUGGCUGGACCUGCCCGAUGCUGUCUUACCUGCCAUGACAGCAUUUGCUAAUGGCCUAGGAGGUGAAGGCACAGAAACUUUUGCCCAGCUUUUGCUGCAGGAUCCCAUCUUGAAAGAAAAUCCGGUUGUCAUCACCCAAGACCUUCUGUCCUUCUCUCUCAGAGAUGGGCACUACGAUGCUCGAGCCAGGGUAUUGAUCUGCCACAUCACCUGGCUGCUUAGAAUCCCCUUGGAGGAGCUGGAAGUCCUGGAGGAAUCUCUGCUUGAAAGCCUGAAGGAACAAAAAGAGGAAGAGUCAGAAACUGCAGAAGCAGCAAGAAAAAAGAAGGAAAGAAGAAAGAAGCUGAAGAGGUACCUACUCAUCGGUCUGGCAACUGUCGGAGGCGGAACAGUGAUCGGCUUGACAGGGGGUCUUGCUGCCCCCCUGGUUGCUGCGGGAGCUGCUACAGUAAUCGGAAGUGCUGGAGCAGCUGCUUUAGGUUCAACUGCUGGAAUUGCUGUCAUGGCAUCACUUUUUGGAGCAGCUGGAGCUGGCCUUACCGGGUACAAGAUGAAGAAGCGUGUGGGAGCCAUAGAAGAGUUUGAAUUCCUCCCACUUACUGAAGGAAAGCAGCUUCACAUCACCAUAGCAAUUACUGGAUGGCUGUGCCCUGGCAAAUAUGGGAGCUUCACAGCACCAUGGAGCAGCAUGUUGCAGUCGAGUGAGCAGUAUUGUCUUGCCUGGGAAUCCAAGUACUUGAUGGAGCUUGGCAAUGCCUUGGAUACCCUGCUGAAUGGUUUUGUGAACAUGAUGGCUCAAGAAGCCCUAAAAUUUACUGUCUUGUCAGGUAUUGUGACAGCUUUGACUUGGCCAACCUCGCUCCUGACUGUUGCCAAUGUCAUUGACAACCCCUGGGGAGUGUGUCUCCAUCGCUCUGCUGAAGUAGGCAAGCACCUAGCACAUAUCCUGCUCAGUCGACAGCAGGGCAAGCGACCUGUCACACUGAUAGGCUUCAGUCUGGGUGCAAGAGUCAUUUACUUCUGCCUGCAGGAAAUGGCUCAAGAAAAAGACUUCCAAGGCAUCAUUGAAGAUGUGGUCUUACUGGGAGCUCCAGUGGAAGGAGAUCCCAAGUACUGGAAGCCUAUUGCAAAAGUGGUGUCGGGCAGGAUCAUAAAUGGUUACUGCAGGGGGGACUGGCUGCUGGGGUUUGUGUACAGAACCUCUUCUGCCCAGAUCAAUGUUGCAGGCCUCCAGCCAGUGGACCUGGAGGACAGGAGGAUGGUAAACAUGGACCUUUCAUCUGUAGUCAAUGGCCACCUGGACUACAUGAAGCAAAUGGACACGAUCCUCAAAGCUGUGGGCAUUAAAACCAAGGAAGAGAAGGGCAGUGGCAGCUUCUCCUCCCCUCCAGCCAGGCAGUCCCAGCAGGCAGCAGGCAGUGGGACUCAAAAGGAGGAAGGCACUGAGCAGGAGGAGGAUGAGGAUGUGGCUGCAAGUGAUGCUCUCUCAGCCAGUGCUCACUGCCCAGAUUCCCCCAGCCCUGUCCUGGGAGGAACCAAGGAACAGACAGCAGGGGAAGGAGCAAGUUAGACCUUUGUGCUGGGCAGAGAUGCUCAACCAGCACUAAAUCUGCUUCCAUUGCACCAUCCAAAGCACUGGCAUUCCCAAAGGAAUAUCGGUAGCGCUGGCAGAGCUGCAACUGCAGGUUUCAGACCCUCCUGAGAGCCUGGAGCAUGGCACCAGUGUGUCGCUGGAUCAGAACUUAUGGAGCAGCUGCCCACAGCAUCUCCCAUGGAGGAGGGGCUGAUUCCUGCCUGAAUCAGCCCUGCUCCUCAGGAAGCACUUCCCUCCUUGCACAAACUGGGUUUAGCCUUGGGGGAAGCAGCUCUCCCCAUCAGGAGCUGUGUUUCUGCCAUGUAACUCUUGGGAAAGAGGUGACUCUGUGGGUACUUUUAAGCAGAUUGAGGAGAGGGGCUCCAGGAAAUGAAACCCACUUUUGGUGGUCGAUUUGGCUUUGGCUUUCAUGUGAGCUGGUGCAUUGCAGGCUCUGGUGUCCAGGCGCAUACAUCCUGGUGCCCACACUGGUGAGUGAGGAGGCUGCCUGGCUCCUCUCCCUGUCUGCUGUAGGUUUGGUGUGGAGGCUUGGGCACUUCCCCAUCAACACUGCUGUUUCCCUGUCUGUGAGCUGGGUGCAGUGAGUGCUCAAGGUGGAGACACACUUGGAGACCCCAGGUGAACACAGCAGAGCAAACAGAGUGGGCUGGUUGUGAUUUAGUACUUUAUGAAACCUCCUCCCAGGCUUUGCAAGCCAGCAACCCACAGAGGCUUUGCUUUUGUGUCCCACACACUUCUCCAGCCUUGGAAGCCCCCUCCAGGCAUAUUUUUCAUUGGCUUAGAAUAAAACCAAUACUUGGCAUAGUAUGAAUCUGUUUGAUUUCUACCUCCUUCCAUAAGAGCUAAUUGGUAUCCGCUCUCCACUCCCCCAGUCUCACACCAGAAGGAGGGACCCCACUUUACAUCUGCCACCACACAGAGCCUU